GGCGGCCGGCGGUCCUGCUCGCUCGGCAGCAGCGGCGUCUCGUCUCCAUGGGGUCUGCCCGCGGCGCCCGUGCGCUCUAAGGUGGACAGCAGGUUGUGCGUUGUCAGAAUAUUUCCACUGCUGCACCGAGGGCACACGCAUCUUCAGUGGGACUUGGAAUUCCUGGAGAAUUGCCUUUGUGAAGAGCUGGCAUAAUUUCUUUAAAUUUCAUCUCUUAGCUUCCCAUAAAGAUAUCAAGAAACCAUGAACAACUUUAGUAAUGAAGAGUUUGACUGCCAUUUCUCGGAUGAAGGCUUUACUGCCAAGGACAUUCUGGACCAAAAAAUUAAUGAAGUUUCUUCUUCUCACGAUAAGGAUGCCUUCUAUCUUGCGGACCUGGGAGACAUUCUAAAGAAACAUCCGGGAUGGUUUAAAGCUCUUCCUCGGGACACCCCCUUUUAUGUACUCAAAUGCAGUAACAGCAGAACCAUAGUGAACCCUAUGGCAGCAACCCUAGCUGCCAUAGGGACAGGAUUUGACUGUGCCAGCAACACUGAAAUCCAGUUGGCGCAGAGUCUCGGGGUGCCUCCUGAGAGGAUUUUCUAUGCAAAUCCUUAUAAACAAGUGUCUCAGAUUAAAUACAUUGCCAAUAAUGGAGUCCAGACGAUGACUUCUGAUAGUGAAGUUGAGUUGAUGAAAGUUGCCAGGGCACAUCCAAAGGCCAAGUUGGUUUUGCGGAUUGCCACGGAUGAUUCCAAAGCAGUCUAUAGCCUCAGUGUCAAAUUUGGUGCCACACUCAAAACCAGCAGGCUUCUUCUGGAACGGGCGAAAGAGCUAGCUAUUGAUGUCAUUGGUGUCAGCUUCCACGUGGGAAGUGGUUCUACUGAUCCAGGGACCUUCAUGCAGUCCAUCUCUGAUGCCCGCUGUGUCACCAGUGUAAUCAACCCAGCGUUGGACAAGUAUUUUCCAUUAGACUCUGGAGUGAGAAUCAUGGCUGAGCCAGGAAGAUACUAUGUUGCAUCAGCUUUCAUGCUAGCAAUUAAUAUCAUUGCCAAAAAACUCAUAUUAAAGGAACAGACAGGCUCUGAUGAUGAAGAUGAGUUGAGUGAACAGACAUUUAUGUAUUAAGUGAAUGAUGGAGUAUAUGGAUCAUUCAACUGCAUCCUCUUCGAUCAUGCACACGUAAAGCCUCUUCUGCAGAAGAGACCCAAACCAGAUAAGAAGUAUUAUUCAUGUAGCAUCUGGGGACCGACCUGUGAUGGCCUGGAUCGCACUGUUGAACACUGUAACUUGCCCAAGAUGCAUGUGGGUGAUUGGAUGUUCUUUGAAAACAUGGGUGCUUACACUGUCGCUGCUGCUUCUACUUUCAGUGGAUUCCAGAGACUGACCAUCUACUAUGUGACGUCAGGGCCAACAUGGCAACUGAUGCAGCAAAUCCAGAACCACGACUUCCCACUCGGAGUAGAGGAGCAGGAUGUUGGCACUCUGCCUGUGUCCUGUGCUUGGGAGAGUGGAAUGAAACAGCACCCAGAAGCCUGUGCUUCAGCUCGUAUUAAUGUGUAGAUACCAUUCUUGUAGCUGUUAACUGUGAGUUUAGCUUGAUUUAAGGGUUUGGGGGGGACCAUUUAACUUAAUUUCUGCCAGUUUUGAGAUGUCUAUGUGAAUAGGGUUGGCACAGAUGCAAUGAUGUGUAAGACUAAGUGAUUGGGUCACACUUAUCUGUGUUCCUAUGGAAACUAUUUGAAUAUUUGUUUUACAUGGAUUUUUACUGACUUUUCAAACAUGCUACUAAAGUGUGCCCCUCAACUGCUGAGCAAGCAUUUGUAGCUUGUGCAUUGGCAGAAUGGGCCAGAAGCUUAGUGUUGU